AUGACCGUUUUCAUCCCAAUGAUCGUUGCGCUCGUUCUCAUCUACCUGGCCACGUGGAUACCGACCGUUUUGAAGUAUAAACGCUAUUGGGAGUACGGUAAAAAGGUGAGGCUUCUUGCAACGACGCUCCACCGCCGCGACCUUUUCUAAUGUAGGGUUUUGAGUCAAAAUGUGCGCAAACCUCAACUUUUUCUCCACAAAAAAUCGCUUUCCAGAUGCCCGGCCCGCCCGCACACCCAAUCUACGGCAACCUCGGACCGAUUGUCGGCCUCAGCACCGAGGGUGACACGGCGACCAAAAGUGUAGAAAGGGGCGUGGAUUAAUCUGAGACGCGUUUUCUGAAAAAAAUUCCAGCACUUUUCCGAUAUUUUUGUGUUUGAUAUCGACGAAAGAAGAUACAUUAAAGAGAGAAAACAUCGAAAUUUUCGUGAAAACGCCGCGUUUGAGACGUUUUUGGCAUAUUUCGCAAUACGCCCUCCGCGGCCAAUCGUCGCCGCAAUUUCGGAAUUUUCAUACCGGCCGAUCUGGAUAGUUUUGAGUCGAAGUGAGUGUCGGAAGUGAUUAAGCACGUUAAUAGAAGUAUUUUAAGCGUUCAAACGGCAAAAAGUGUCGGCGAAUGACUGAAAUUCGCGCAUUUUCAGCACAAAACUUGAAAAUCGAUUCAAUUGAUUCAUUUCUGAAUGAAACCUGCUCGUUUUAAGCUCAAAAAGUGCGCGCGAUGAUUAGUUUAACAAAGUUAUGCAAUUAGAUCGCCGAAAUCGAACAAAAUUUGGGGAAUUUUUUACGUUUACGAAAAACAUAAAAAAUGUGGUUAAAUUUCGAAUUUCGCGCCAAAAUGGUGAUAAACCGUGCACGCUAGGCCACGCCCCUUUCUACGUUUUUGGUGAGUCUUUCUUUCUGACGGAAUCGUUUUUUUUUCUUGUUCAGACCUUCCGCCAGUGUUCAUCGAAUGGGCGAACGAGCUGCGCGAGCAGGGCGCCUCGAUAAUGCGACUGAUGCUCAUGGGAAAGGUGUACGUGUGGCCGCUGAACGGACACGCCGUCGCCAAUAUUGUCGACUCGACGACCGAGAUCAACAAGGGCGACGAUUACGGUUUCUUCGAUCCCUGGCUCGGCGGAGGUCUUCUUCUCGAGGGAUUCGGAGAGCGGUGGAGGAGUCAUCGAAAGAUGCUCACCCCCGCAUUCCAUUUUGCUAAACUCGGCGGCUACUUUGAGGUUUUCAAUCAUGAAGCAAAGGUAUAAAAGCUCUUCAAUGCUAUACAAAAGUGAACGCUUCCAGAUUCUCGUGGAUCUUCUAAGUGACUACUCCUACUCUGAACAGACCGUCGACAUAUUUCCAUUCAUAAAACGAUGCGCGCUCGAUAUAAUCUGUGAAACAGCGAUGGGAAUCAGCAUAAACGCACAGAUCAACCACGAGCACAAGUACGUGCAGGCCGUCGAGGGAUUCAACAAGAUCGCCGUGCUCGUCUCCUUCAAUCCUCAUCUGAAGAGUCCGUUCUUCUUCUGGCUCACAGGCUACAAGGCGCAGCACGACGACUACUUGAACACUUUGAAGACGUUCACGGAGAAAGUGAUCCAGGAGCGACGGUCCGCGAUCGCUUCCGGGGAAGUGGCGAAGGAGACGUCGAAGCGAAUGAUGAACUUUCUGGAUCUGAUGCUUAGUAUGGAGGAAUCGCAAGAGCUGACCUCGGAGGACAUUCGUCAGGAAGUGGACACGUUCAUGUUUGCCGGCCACGACACGACGACUUCCUCCACCUCCUGGGCGUGCUGGAAUCUCGCACACCAUCCCGAGAUUCAAGAGAAAGUGUACGAGGAGAUGCGCGAAGUGUUCGGCGAUGAUGCGGCCACCGAUAUAAGCAUGGAAAGCCUCGGAAAGUUGAACUACUUGGAUCGAGUGCUAAAAGAGUCGAAGAGGAUCGUUCCGCCCAUUCCCGCGUAUCAGAGGAAACUCACAAAUGAUCUGGAGAUUGGUGAGCAUCAGGGAUGGGCAAAAGGCCUGGACUUGGAUUGAAGUAUCAGAGAUAUAUGGAUCAGAAACCGAAAAUAUCGCGAUUUGAAGUGAACAACAUAUCGAUUUCAGACGGACACAUGGUCCCAUCCGGCGGCAACAUCACCAUAUCUCCGAUGGUCCUUCACAGCAACCAAAAAGUGUUCAAGCAGCCCGAGCUCUUCGACCCGGACCGUUUCCUGCCCGACGAAACGGCCAAACGACAUCCGUACGACUUCAUUCCGUUCUCGGCGGGACCGCGCAAUUGCAUCGGCCAAAAGUUCGCGCAGCUCAACGAAAAAGUGAUGCUCUCGCACAUUGUGCGCAACUUUCGAAUCGAGCCGCGCCUCGAGUACCACGCCACGAAACAGUGUCUGGAAGUGGUGACGAAGCCGUCGAAGGGCAUUCCGGUCCGACUCGUACGCAGGAACUAGAGCAUAGUAAUUAUUGUGUGUGAUUCCUCGUCCCCUCUCCAACAAUCAUCAUGUCUGUCAGCCCGAUUAUUGUCCGUCCGUUCGAAAAGAACAAGUACCAAUUAUCUGUCCGUUUAACUGGAUGCCGUCCGCGCAAAAAAAGCGAGGAGACCGGCUCGUGUACUAUAAAACGAAUGGAAUCGCUUCUUCUCCGAUCAUUCUCUCGCUCGCUUUAUUGCUCUUGAUUUCUCAAUGGAGCGCGUUUGCAUCAAUCAGCAGACCAAAAUUUAUUUUUCAAUUGAAAAUCAGAUUUUUCUAUUGUUCGCUUGAUAAAUAUGGUCAUUUCGUUUGUUGAGAGCCAUGGGGCUUCGAUUUAAGUGCUCACCUGUAAAAAAUACGAAAAAUUAAGAAACUUGACGCAUUUUGAAGAGCGUCAACUGAAUUUUUCGUCGAUAAAGUGAAAAUCUUGUUGAAAUGAACUAAAAGGGAUAAUUUAUAAGGUUUUCACAGCAAUUUUCACUGUUGUUUGGCUAUUUUAUUCGCAAAUUUCGUGAUUCGAGUGUAGACUCACAAUUUUGAGAAUUACAGUAGUUGUUUAAAGGCGCAGCACCAAAUUAUCGAAUGCACAUUUGUAGCCUGUGUUCAAAUCGAUUGUUUUCCAUUUCUUUUGCAGCGCGCUACCAGUUUCCGAGCGAUAAUAGUCUUCCAAGGACCAUAAAUUUGUGUGGUUUCUGUGUCUCUUCGAUCCGGCUACAACGCCACAAUUAGAUUAGUCAUACCUAUCUUUCAUGUGUGUGUGUGUGUGUGAUAGGAUGAUAUCACCCCGAUCUAUACAAAUCCGGUUCUUUCAGACACACCUCAAGAAGGAGAAGCGGGCUUUAAAUGCUAGACUGAGGUGCAUUUCGACCCUUUUCCUUUUCGAAGCUGUUCAUUAGUUGUGUGCGGGGCGCGCAUAUCAGAUCCGCUUUCAUGUUUUCGAUGUCUUCUUCUUCAUGCCCCCUUUAUUAUCUCUACGGGUAUCAAUCGUCGUCACCGAUAACCCCAUUUUGGUGGACACACUGAGAGAGAGAGAGAUACACGCCGGCCAGACUAUCGGUCAUCUUCGUCACUGACUGACGCCUUCUGUUAUUCUACUCGCAAUUUUCUUUCCGUUUCCAUCCGAAACUUCUUCUCGUUUUUCAGGUUAAGAGUCGACAUGCUCUUCCUCGCCGUCGUCGCCUCCACCAUGGCGGUAAGUUCCGCAACCACCCCUACCGUCCCAACCACAUGAUCUUUUUCAGCUCGCCGUCGCCCAGGACUGUUCAUCGGCGACAGGCACGCGUGCCUCGUUCGGCGCCUACCUGCAGUGUAUCAAAGAGGGCCUCGACGCGGACUACGGCACCUACGAGAAUGAGAUUCGCGAGCACUCGAAAAAGGCCGCCGCCACGUGUUUCGCCUCGUCGAUCGAGGAGGGCAACUCCAAAGAUCGAUGCGUGCUCGCCGCCACCGACCUCAGCCACAACGCGUGGGACAAGAACGGACCGCUGCGCGAGUGCUCCAUCUGCAGAACGUUCGCCGCCGGAGCGAUCAAGGCGAUCAAGGCGACGCCGGCCGAGGAUCAGAAGUGCAUUCGGACCGAGAUCUCGAAGGCGAUCGCCCGGGAAGCAUCCUACUGCCUGCAAAAGAAGAUUCCGAACUUUGCCGGAGUUCCGGACAUUCCGGAUCUCGAGGAGGGAUCCUUCCAGUUCAAGGAGUCUGUGUAAGUGUAUCCACGACAUUGUUUGAUCUCAGUCUCACUCUCUCUCUCUCUAUUUCCCGUUCAGCAUCUCCUCCAUCUCCGAUCACAUCCUUAUCCAGUCUCGCCUCUCGUUCUGCGGCGAACGCAAGCCACAGCGUGCCUCGUCGACGCGUGCCUGUCUCGCCAGUCCGUUCGUCGGCUACCUGAGCGGUCAUUGCAAGGUGCUCGCGAGUUGCGACGCCAAGUUCACCGGACUCUGCGCCCAAACGAUUCCGGCGACGAGAAAGGCGACGUGCGAGUGCAUCACCGAGGCCCGUGACGACCUGAAGAAGCGCAUCGGAUCCAUCGCCAACGUCUUCAAUGAUGUAAGCACCCUCUCUUCGUUCUCCUCCUGAAUUCCCUCCGUUUCAGUUGCUCUCCGGAGGUCGUGGAGGACUCGCCAUCGGAUCCGCCAACAAGGUCGACAUCUGCACGUCGCAGAUCAAGAAGCAGAUGAUCACGCCCGUCAACGACUGGGUCAACGUCAUCGACUCGGCGCUCUCGGCGUGCAUCCGCAACAAGCCGGCCGGCCAGAACCUCGCCAUGGAGGCCCUGCUGAACGUCGGCUGCCGCAAGGUGAUCGCCGACACGACCGGCGCGGCGACCAGCCAACUCAAGACCGGCUUCGACUUUGUCAACAAUCUGAUCGACGCGAUGGUGCAGAGAAGUGGACGCUUCUGCGGUGGAAACCACUGCCUUCAGGGAUAG